UGUGUGUGUGUGGGGGGGCAGCUCCGGUACCGGAGGAGACCGGGGGGACACCGGGUGUGGGGGGAGGGGGGGGUGGGGGGGGGCACCGGUUUAGGCCAUGGCGGCGGCGGCGGCGGCGCCGGGCUCCAACUGGGGCCUGAUCAUGAACGUGGUGAACAGCAUCGUGGGCGUCAGCGUGCUCACCGUGCCCUUCUGCUUCCGGCAGUGCGGCAUCGUGCUGGGCGCCCUGCUCCUGGUUUUCUGCUCGUGGAUGACCCACCAGUCCUGCAUGUUCCUGGUGAAGGCGGCCAACCUCAGCAAGCGCCGCACCUACCCCGGCCUGGCAUUUCACGCCUAUGGAAAAGCAGGAAAAAUGUUGGUGGAAACAAGCAUGAUCGGGCUGAUGCUGGGGACUUGCAUUGCUUUCUAUGUUGUCAUUGGUGAUUUGGGGUCCAACUUCUUUGCUCGGCUCCUCGGAUUCCAGGUGUCGGGCAGCUUCCGCAUAGUCCUGCUCUUCGCCGUCUCCUUGUGCAUCGUGCUUCCCCUGAGCCUGCAGAGGAACAUGAUGGCCUCCAUCCAGUCCUUCAGUGCCAUGGCGCUCAUCUUCUACACCGUGUUCAUGUUCGUGAUCGUGCUGUCGUCCUUCAAGCACGGCCUCUUCAGCGGGCAGUGGCUGCAGCGAGUUAGCUACACCCGCUGGGAGGGCAUCUUCCGCUGCAUCCCCAUCUUCGGCAUGUCGUUUGCCUGCCAGUCUCAGGUCUUGCCUACCUAUGAUAGCUUGGAUGAGCCGUCUGUUAAAAUCAUGAGCUCCAUAUUUGCUUCUUCCCUAAACGUGGUCACCACCUUUUACAUCACGGUGGGGUUCUUUGGCUACGUGAGUUACACUGAAGCCAUUGCUGGGAACGUCCUAAUGAACUUCCCUUCCAACCUUGUGACGGAGAUGAUUCGCGUGGGAUUCAUGAUGUCGGUAGCCGUGGGGUUUCCCAUGAUGAUUCUCCCGUGCAGACAGGCGCUGAACACCCUUCUCUUUGAGCAGCAGCAGAAGGAUGGCACCUUUGCCGCGGGGGGCUACAUGCCCCCGCUCCGCUUCAAAGCCCUGACGCUGGCCGUGGUGUUUGGAACCAUGAUCGGAGGCAUCAUGAUCCCCAACGUGGAAACAGUCCUGGGCCUGACGGGUGCCACGAUGGGAAGCCUCAUUUGUUUCAUCUGCCCGGCUCUGAUUUACAAGAAGAUCCACAAGAACGCGCUCUGCUCACAGAUCAUCCUGUGGAUCGGGCUGGGGAUGCUGGUUAUUAGCACCUACACCACCCUGUCUGCCACCGAGGACACCCCGGUGAAGACAGAAGCGGUGGGCUUGGAGCACCUGGAAAGAGAGGAGAGCAGAAUGGAGCAGGACCCCGUCAAAAUGCCAGAGCAGAACCCCGCGGUGGAGGAGGCGGAGGAUGACCGCGAUAAACCGAAGCUGCUGGAUGAAAAGGAGGAGAUGGAGCAGCCGCAGAUCAAGGUGCCCAUGGAGGUACCCGAGAGGGACGAGGAGAGAGGGAAGCUGGAGGAGAAGGUGCAGCUCGACCGGCCCGACCAAGGGAUCGCCCUGCCCGUGGGGGAAGCGCACCGCCACGAGCCGCCCGUGCCACGGGACGAGGUGCAGGUGGACACGGGCCGGGAGCGGGAGGAAUCCGACGAGAACAAGCUUGGGGCAGCCAAAGGCGCCGCCGCCUCGCUGCAGGAGCCGGCUCAGCCCCAGCCCCAGGAAGAGGAGCUGGGCCCGAAAGAAGGGAAGGAAGCGAUGGCUGAGAACCGACCGCGGGGAGGGACCGAGGAGCCAGCGAAGAAUCCCAAGCACGUCCCGGAGGUGAAGGUGCAGCAGGGCGGCCGGCCGCCGUACAAGGAGCAGCAGCCGGCACAACCAGCGCCGGACGGGGAGCAGAAAGCUGAGGCUGGGGAGAAAACAAAGCUGCAGCCCCCCAGGAAAGCAGAGGAGGCUGCAGAGAAGGAAGCCGAGCCCGGUGAAAAUCAGGAGCUGCCCCUCCCGGAUCGAGCUGCCCCAGCCCAGCCCCAGCAGCCGGAGCCGAGGGAGAGCAGGAAUGUGGAGGAGAAACAACCCGAGAACGCCGAGAGCAAGCUGGAGGAUGCUGGGCAGGCGAAGCUGCUCGAUCACGCGGUGCUGCUGCAGGUGAUCAAAGAGCAGCAAGUGCAGCAGAAGCAGCUGCUCGACCAGCAGGCGAAGCUGCUGGCUGUAAUCGAAGAGCAGCACAAGGAGAUCCACCAGCAGAGGCAGGAGGAGGGAGGAGAGGAGAAGCCAAAGCAAGCAGAAAUGCAGCAGGAGCCCGCGGCGCCUCUGUCCAAGAGCAAGGAGGAGGAGAACCCAGGAGCUAAACAAGAAGCUGCUGCCAAGGCAGGGGGUAAGGAGCCCCCCGAGCCCCCCGUGGCAGGGCUGGGCAGGCAGCCUGCGGAGUCAGCCGAGCAGCGCAGGGGCACAGCAGGAAAGCUGGAAGAGGCCGGGCACAGGCGCGAGGUUCCUGGGGUUCCUCCCAGGGAGCGGAAGGCGCCGCAGCAGGAGAGCGACAGAGCUGCUAAAAAGGCCGCGGAGAACUGGGAUGCUCAGGAUGCCAGAAACCACCUAGAAAAGAAGCCCUUGGCCGAGGAUUUCGGAGGAGCCAAAGCUGGGAGAGACGUCCAGGAGAAGAAUUCCCUGAAAGCCGUGGAAGCGGCCACAGCUCCCAUCCAAAGAGAGCCGCCGGGGGCUGCCAAAGUUCCGAGAGCGGCAGGAAAGGGCCUGGAAAGAGACUCAGGAGCAGACCUGAAAGCCAAAGCUCUGAGCCAGGUGGAGCCCAGAGAGCCGGCAGUUGCACCGGGCUCCUCGAGCAAACUGAAGGUGGCUGGGAGCGAGCAGCACCCGCGGGAGCAGCGGGGAGCUGAGGGGGCCGAGGGGGCCGGCAGGCAGCAGGCGGCCGCGCAGGGCCACGCGGCCGGCAAAGGGCAGGGGAAGGACGGGGACCCCGGGGAGAACGCGGUGGAAUUGGCCCAGGACCCUCAGGGAAACCUCCGGAGCAGGCAGAGGCGCGUGGAAGGGCGGCUCACGAAUGAUUUUGAGAAGAAACCCAGCCUGGAGAACGCCGCCACCCGCGGGGACAGGAGCCGGCAGGAGCACGACCUCAAACCCAACCGCGACCUCAAGCUGCAGGCGGACCUCGACCUGCGCCGCCGGAGACGGGAGCUGCUUCCCCCCCAGGGGGAGGAGAAGGAGGGGGAGGAUGAGGAGGAGGAGGAGGAGGAAGGGGCACAGGGGGCGGGGGUUUUAAUCGGCCUGAACCCCCUCCCCGAUGUGAAGGUGAACGACCUCCGCAGCGCGCUGGAGACGCGCCUGAGCCAGGUGGCGGAGGGGGCGCAGCAAGUGGUGCGCAGCCGGCGGCUCCGGCAGCUGGGGGGGGCUGACAGCAGCGUGUGAGGGGGCGCGGGGGUGGCCGUGGGGGUCCGAGGGGAAGGCUCGAAGCGGGCAGCGGCGACUCAGAGCCCGCAGCACCUUGUGAGACCCCCGGGGUCCUGCUCAGAGCCUGCUCGGGUGCUCUGCGGGCUCUGCGGGGGUGCCACCGCUCUGCGCACACCCCGGGGGGGCUGCGGGGAUGGCAGCGAGGAAGGGCAGCACCCCUGGGUGCCUGCUGCCUGGCAGGGGCUGCCACCAAGCUGGGAUCCCCCCCCCCGGGUGGCUCUCGUGGGUCCUUUUUGCAUCUCGUUGCUCUCAAAUUGUUCUCACAAAUUGGUUCCUACCCAAUCGCCUUCUCCCCCCAGCUCACAGCUCCCUUUUCAGACCCGAGGGGCUCCCCCGUGAGGUUCCCCUGCCUGGAAAGGAUUCCCUGCUCUGCCAGGACCCCCGCCCGGCCCCCCCCUGCCCCGCUCUAGGGGCAGAUUCCUGCCUCGGGGGGCUUCCCUCCUGGAGCAGCACCGGGCCAGGCACAGCCAAGUGCUCGGUGUCCCUCCUGACGUGGGCGCUGUCAGCCCUGCGUGGUCAGGAGGUGGCUGUGGGUUCGGAACCCCCCGUUGAGCCGAAACGCUGCCUUAAACGGGCACAACCGCUGCCGUUGUGCUGCCUCUGCUCGCAGGGACCCAGCUGGGCGGCCGCGCGCUAGCAAUAACGCCCAGCUUGGCUCUCCUCCCUCUGGCUGCUCGCGCUCUCCUCUCUCUUCUCCAGCUUCCUUUCUCCUCUCCAAAGUGCAUUACAAAGCUCAACCCGGGGGCUGCAGCCUGCCCCCCGCCUUUUUCUGCAAAAGAAUGACUCAUUUAGGAGCAAAAAAAAAAAAAAAAAGGGCAGACUGGGGGGCUUGGCUCAAGCAAACCUACCUCUUCUCUGACUCGCUGGAGCCGUUUGUUUCGUUGUGUUCUUCCCAGCCCCGUUCCGUGCCGUGUUUGCAUCCCUCCGUGUGGGUUCUGUGCCCCCUGUGUUUUACGAGCAGGGGAAGGAGCUGCUGGCGGAGCCCUGGCUCGCUCCGGGCUCCCAGCCCGUGAUUCAUCCCAUUGUUGUUUUAUUUUUACAUCCUGACGCGCGAAUGUAAGAAAGAAAAAUCCCAAAGCUCUCGCUGGAACAGCGGAACCUCCGCAGCCCGCAGCCUGCAGACCUCAUCACUGUGGUGGUUUUUAGAGCCGGAUCUCCAAGUGUCUUCGGUCGUCGAGCCUCGGAGGGGGGGGUGGUUCGUGCCCGGCGGGACCUGGUGGAGCCGGGGACGGGUUCUGAGCCGCGUACCCAUUGCUGGAAGGAAAUCCUCAGCCCCUGCUUUAAGGGGAUUCGGCCCCCGCUUCUCCACCAGGACCCCCCCUGUGCGUGUCUCGGUUGUGACGGUCGUGGCCUUAACCCCCAGGACCCCGUUGUGCCAGCGAUCUUCUCCCUCGCGCCCCCCCGAAGCACAAACCCCGCAGCGGGGAGCUCUGAGCUGCAGAUUUUGGCAGGCCCGGGGCAGGCGGCAGCCUCCUGAACGCGAUCCUAAGCACGACCCCGCAGUCCUUGGGGUGGGUUUGUGCUUUGUCCCCCCCUCCUGCAGCACCAAGGAGCCUUUUUACAGCAAAAAGGAGCUGGGGGGGGAGCUCCUGGCACCCCGCAGCAGGGAGAGGACGGGCUCCUGCCCUACCCGCAGCACCGACAGGGACACGUUGGUGUUUUUUUGAGGACUUACUGGCGUUUUUGGGGACUCGUUGGCAUUUUUUGAUGACUUACUGGUAUUUUUGGGGUGACCACAAAGGACCAAAGAAGCUCCCGACGUUCCUCAGCGCCGCCAGGAGAAGAACCCAACCCCGCCGGGGCUGUGCUGCACAUCAAUAAAAAAAAGCUGAAGCAUU